AUCUGGAGGCCAGCAGAGAAACAGUCUGUGUACUGGAGGGGAUGAUUCUGGGGUGCUGUGUUACUGCCCGGGUGCGUUGUGUACCACCAGCAGAAAUCAGAGAAGGCUGUCCCGGUUCUGCUGUGUGGGGGUAAAUCGGACUGUUUGCAUCAUGCAGAAUUAAAAUGCUUUCUAUGGGAACUUCUGCUUCUGAUGCCAGGACUCUUCUGAAGACUUACUCAGUUGUGUGGCUUAAAGGAAGAUGAUACUGUUAGUGAAUUGCGAGCAUCCUUCAAUCAUUGGUUAAUGCUGUCAUGGACAACUUCAAAGGCUGUUUUGCAAAACACCACAAGCAGUUAAUGCACCUUAUAAAGGACUCCUGACCUUUUGCAGCUUUGUAAGUCGUAUCUAGAUGUCACCAGUGUUUCCCAUGUUAACAGUCCUGAGCAUGUUUUACUAUAUGUGCCUUCGGCGCCGAGCUAGGACAGCUACGAGAGGAGAGAUGAACAGCCGGAGGGCUAUUGAAUCGAACACCCGGGCCUUACCUAUCAAUGUUGAAAUAGUUCAGUAUGCCAAAGAAGUGUUGGAUUUCAGCUCCCAUUAUGGUAGUGAAAACAGCAUGUCAUAUACCAUGUGGAAUUUAGCAGGUAUACCAAACGUGUACCCUAGCUCCGGUGACUUUACUCAGACGGCUGUGUUUCGAACUUACGGGACCUGGUGGGAUCACUGUCCUAGUGCUCGACAGCCCUUCAAGAGGACGCCCACCUCCUUCUGCAGCCAGGACUAUGUGGAACUCGCUUUUGAGGAGCAAGUUUACCCCACUGCAGUGCACAUUCUGGAAACAUAUCAUCCUGGAGCUGUAGUUCGGAUUUUGGCGUGCUCUGCAAAUCCUUACUCACAAAACCCACCAGCUGAAGUAAGAUGGGAAAUCCUUUGGUCCGAGGCACCUACAAAAGUGAAUGGUCCCCAGGCUCGGCAAUUCACACCUUGUAUCAGACAAAUAAACUUCCCCACAAACUUAAUUCGACUGGAAGUGAACAGCUCUCUUCUGGACUAUUACACGGAAUUAGAUGCGGUAGUGCUACAUGGCGUGAAAGAGAAACCUGUGCUUUCACUGAAGACUUCAAUGAUUGAUAUGAAUGAUAUUGAUGAAGAUGAGGAUGAAGAGAAGUUUGGCUGUGGAAUGGACACUCUUAACAAACAGUUCAGCAUUGUUACCCUCAGGGAAUGGCCGACUAAUGGGUAUUUUGACAAGCUGCCUUAUGAGCUCAUCCAGUUGAUUUUGAGUCACCUUACAGUACCAGACCUGUGUAGACUAGCACAAACUUGUAAACUACUGUAUCAACAUUGCUGUGAUCCUCUGCAGUACAUUCAUCUCAGUUUACAACCUUACUGGGCGAGGAUUAAUGACACAUCUCUGGAAUACCUACAGUCUCGCUGCACUCUCAUCCAGUGGCUGAAUUUAUCUUGGACUGGAAACAGGGGAGCCAUUUCUGUUCCUGGAUUUAGCAGGUUCUUAAAAGUUUGUGGCUCUGAACUCGUUCGUCUUGAGUUGUCUUGUGGACAUUUCCUGAAUGAAACAUGUUUGGAGGUCAUUACUGAAAUGUGUCCAAAUCUUCAGGAAUUAAAUCUUUCAUCAUGUGAUAAAAUACCACCUCAGGCUUUCAACCACAUAGCCAAAGUGGGCAGCCUAAAGCGUCUCAUUCUUUACCGAACAAAAGUGGAGCAAACAGCCCUGCUCAGCAUCCUGAACUUCUGCUCGGAGCUUCAGCACCUCAGUCUGGGCAGCUGCGUCAUGAUUGAAGACUAUGAUCUUAUAGCAAGCAUGAUGGGAGCAAAAUGUAAAAAGCUUCGCAGUCUGGAUCUGUGGAGAUGUAAAAACAUAACUGAAAGUGGAAUAGCAGAACUGGCUUCAGGCUGCCAGCUUUUGGAAGAACUUGAUCUUGGCUGGUGCCCUACAUUACAGAGCAGUACAGGCUGUUUUGCAAACCUUGCACGUAAACUCCCGAACUUACAAAAGCUCUUUCUUACGGCCAACAGGUCUGUGUGUGACACAGACAUUGAAGAGCUUGCAGCUAACUGUACUCAUUUACGGCAGCUAGAUAUAUUGGGGACAAGGAUGGUAAGCCCUGCAUCUUUAAGAAAAUUGCUGGAGUCUUGUAAAGAUCUUUCUUUACUCGAUGUGUCCUUCUGUUCACAAAUUGAUAAUAGAGUUGUCCUAGAACUGAAUGCCAACUUUCCUAACGUGUUCAUAAAAAAGAGUUUCACCCAGUGACUCACUACAUAUGCUGCUAUGGAAUUCGUUUGACGGUUAUUUCCUGUGAAUUUGUGCUGACUUUUUUAAGAAGAGUAUAAAUUCCCUAUGAAAUAGUGGAGAGUAUUAAUUAUCUGCACAAAUGGGUAAAAUACAUUUAAGUAUAUUAUGCAUUUCUCUUGUACCUAAUAAUUGUUUAUUCUGUUAAUUUGUGGCACUGCAUGUUUCUAAGUACUUGCCAUAUGUGUGGCUUUAAUGACAAGAAAAUGAAAAACAUCUUAAAUAUCCCUUUUUAGGGCGUUACAGACAGUAGACUAUGUUAAUAUCUAGAUAAAUGAAAAUGUUGAAUAUUUAGCAGUAAGAAAAAGAUGGGUGCUUCCUUUUAUGUAUAUAUGUGUGUGUAUGUAUAUAUCAAUGUUUACAGAUAUACAUACACACAUACUGUAGCAUUUUAGUUUGUUCUGCAGCAUAAGAUCUUAUGAUCAGGCCUGUAAUUUUUUUAUUUGAAAAACUGCUUAAGCUUCUCUAAGAAUGGAUUGAAGAGACACUUUGUCUUCUUCCUUUUUUUUGGCAAUGAACUGUAUCUGAUACAUUUUUCUCCCUUCCUCCAUCUGAAAUAGAUGUAGUGAUGUUUUACAGUCCAGCCUAAGCGACACAACAGAUAAAAGCAAGAACCUUCCACCUGAACUUAUAGCAGAAACGAGAGAGAAAAUUGCCAGCUGCUUCUUGGUAUUGGAUAUAAAGUUUGAGCCAGGUACUUAGUGUCAUAACUGAUGGUGUGUAGAAAACUCCACAGCAAUUUUCUUUUCAAAUUUCUGUCAUGGUAAAGACUGUUGGUUUGUGAUACAUCUGUUUAUCACGUCAAGUACCAUUAAAAAAAAAUAAUAAUACUUGAGAUAAUGUAUUAGCAACUGUCUCUUGCACUGGAAUCAAAUCUGCUAUCAAAUAUAAGAACAAGCAUCUUUGUUCAGUAAAACAGCAAUGAAAAUACAGUGGUUUUGAAACAAGAGCAAAUGUGGUUUAGUGAUUUACUAUUAUAAGGUAUUGUAUUUGUUUUGGUUUCCAAGAGGUGAUAGCUCCAAGUAAUGUUGCACUCUCUUUAAUACUAUUUAGCUGCUGAAGAAGGAAGACUGUUGAUGGAAAAAUUAUAAAGAUUCCUCCUUUUUGUACUUACUUGGACGAAGCUUUUCUCUUUCUUUUUUAAUACCAUGGCUAGAGUAUGUUGCUAUGUACAGAGAGAGUUUAGUGUUUUACCUUUUCUAGCUAUUGUUGAUGAAUAUGGACCAUGAAGUACAGCCUGUCAUUUGAUAUUGGCUCCACCAUUACUGUCACGACGGCACUUAUUACCUACUGGAAGAAGGGGGAAAAUAUUUUGUCUGGCAGAAGCGCGUUAUUGCACUGAAGAUCCCUGGCAAAGAAUUACUUCAAUUUAUGCAGUAAAAAACCAUCCACUAGUAGAGGACUGCUAUGAAAUGUUAUAGAUUUGACAAUCUCUGUGACUCCUGAAUGAACACUAUGAACUCUUUGUGCUGGUGCCAAUACUUUAUAAACCAUGUCAUGAAACAGCUACAAAACAUCUAUCUGAUUUUAUAAAAAGACCUUUUUCUUCUGAUUUUUUUUUUUUAAUUUUACAGAUUCUUUUGGGAAUUCCAGAUCUGAAGAUGGGCAUACACAGUUGGCUUUUUGAUUUUAUUUUUUUCCUCUACACAGAUGGCACUAUGGGAUUUCCAGCUAUAUUAUGCCAUUCCAUUUUUUAUUAAACUGGACAUUGUUAGAGAUCUUUAAAUUCACAUAUUUUUUCCCUACUGACAGAUGUCAGCUUUGGCAUGAUUCUGUGUUGAGACUUCAUUUGUUUCAAUCGGGUUUGGGGUGAUUUAUUUUUCUGGGAACUUAACUUUUAAUUUUUUUUUAUCUACAAGUAACAUUUUUCAUUGUAACUGAAUAUUAAGCAUUAUUAAGCAUUGUAGGAAAACACAGGUUCAGAUAACAGGAGUUUACAAAGAACAGUAUUUUAAAACAAAUGUUUCUGUUGAGAAAUUUUACUUCUCAGGGUGCAUCUGUGUAUCUCAUUUUUUCUUAGAGAUCUUCCUUGUUUUCCACUGUAAAUAGAAUGGGAUGUGGAUGAAGUUAUAUCCGUUGUGCCUUCAUACUGGUAAACUAGGUAAAUAGUAGUGUGUCACUACUACAGCAUCAGUGAAUCAAGUGUUUUUGUAAUCAUGUAUGUGUAAAGGAUUUUGUUCCCUGUUGCUUUUUAGGUAGUAUAAAGGAAGUUUAAAUUGACAUUUUGUUCAUACUAUUUUUUUUCUUUAUGUUGUGCCUUCUUUUUGAAUUUGGUUUUGUCAGAAAUGUUCUAUUUUAUCUUGAAAGAUAAAUUGAAGUCUGCUCUUUAUUUGGACCAUUUAAAACUUAAAAUGUAAUAAAGUCAAAUAGCUGAUAAAUAAUUGGGGAAUACUUUCAUCUGUACUUGUACACCUUAACCUUCAAUCAGUGAGUUAAAAGCUCUUUCAGCUAUGGCUUUAUACCGGCAAGAAGUCUUCCAGCAAGGCGAAGAAAGACCAGGUUUUGCAUUUCUGAUAUUUCUAAGAAAAGAAAAUAACAUAGUUCUAGACCUUCCUUAUAUGUCACAAUGAAGCAAGAAUAGGUCACUGUAUUUUUAGUUAUUUUAUACUUAGAUGUGUGUAUAUACCAUUUAUACGUACAUGUAUGUAUAUACACAUUCUGUGUGAGUAUAUAUACAUUCUAUGUAUAAAUCUCAAAGGUUUUCAUGCAUCAGUUACUUUUGUGAAGUAACCAUAAUAGCAAAGGUGUUUUGUAGCAGUUAUGCUUUUAAAACAUUGUUUCUCCAUACACAGAAACGGAGUCCCUCUCCAUCUGUGCAACCGGAAAGGCCUGGCCGUUAGGUGCCCAGUAUUUCCUGUGUUGCUUUGCCACAGUGCCUUUUGUUUGUCUACACAUGAAAGGUAUUACAGGGUAUGGCAGAGUGCGCACGCAAAGCCCGAUAACUACUGUGGACUCUCUCCAUGUGAAGCAGUCAUAUAGAGGGAAACUUGUUCUAGUUUCGCUUAAUCCAAAAUGAAUGAUGCCAAAUCAGUCAGAGGAAUUUAAUUAUUCUGGAAUUGGGUCAUCUUCUCCAACGGACCAUCCCUCUGUCACGUUAUCUAAAUCCUGCUUUUAAAGAUAUUCCAUUUUUCUUAUCUUGUCCUUUGAUCUCAUCUAUGUUUCUGAAGCAUGGUAAAAGAUGUGAUUUGGUGAAUGUUUUUUUUUUUUUUUUUUAAAAAAAAAAAAAAAAAAAAAGCGAGAAUGCCUGGGGGGGGGAAGUGUCUUGUUCUGAAGUUCUCCUGUUCUUCAACUUAAGGGGGAUUUCUGUACUAUAUGUAUGAAGUUGGCAUGGGCUGUCACAUAGGGAGAUAUGUCAUUCAUUCUUCUGGUCAUUUAAAAAGUUAAUAUGAAAAUUUUAGCAGUUAGAACAUCUUCCCAACUCUCAAAGGUUUUAAUUCAAUAGUGUAUGUACUUGUAUUCAUAAUCCCAAAUUGUCUGACUAGGCUAGAUGUCUCUCUGGACAUGGAUGGGCUGCUUUUGUUUAAAUUAUGCACUCAAGUAGAUCACUGAGCUUGACUUUAGAAGAACAGUUCACAUAGCAGUUUGAACCUUAAAACACCCAUGUACUUAGAUAUCCAAAUUUCUCACACACACAAAAACAAACAAAAAACCAGGAAAC